GCAAAAGAUACACGAGAGAAUGGGAAACAUCCACCAGAGAAAAGACAGUCAGCGCUCAGCCAACAAACCUGAACACAAACCGCAGCGACUCUCAAGGGCAAAGGCAACACGCCGUCAGGUACCAGCUGAUGUUCUACCUCCGCUCUCCCAGCAUCAAGACUCUAGCAAACGUACUACCUUCUCUGAAGAGAGAUCUCUAUCGCAGGAUAGUGUUGGCAGCACGAUUGGUGGUGAUGACGUGGACCUGUAUCAAGUCAAGUCGGCGUAUCGAUCAGAGCAAGAGACGCUCAAUCUCCAUCAGGGAGAUUUCGUGGAGGUAGAUGACAUCGAGGAUGGAUGGGCAUACGUACGCCUAGUUCGACGGGAUAAGAAGCGCGUCUCUGGCGGAGAGGCUGUUGAAGGUUGGGCACCCGCAGCCUUCCUACAGCUUUGCCCCAAGCGUAAACCCAAGCCCAACCGACCUCCCCCAACACUGCCCGAGAAUGAAGUCGCCCAACAGUCCACACCACCGCCAAACCCGAUGCCGCCGCAACAAUCACAGAGAAAGGUUCCAAGAUCUGACUCCGGCCCAGCUAUUGUUCACCAGAGCAGUAAACACAAGGCAGUGCGGCCAUCGCACUCCUUGAACGAUGACGUCAUUCCCAUCAACAUCUCCAACCCGGAAGUGCCGAGUGUGUACGUCAACACGCAGUCUUAUGUCAAUGUUCCCGGUGAUGGCAGGAGUGGGGAGCAGGCUGAUUACGCCUCGGCGUCGACCACCUCCGGCACAUCGACGGGGAAAUCCCGCGGUCAUAUACCUUCCUCCAUGUCAUCACCGUCAAUAUCCGCCUCGGUACCGUCAUCAGGCGGUGGCAGCAGUGCUCCGCCAGAAUACGUCAACACGGCUCCACUGAAUGCCGCCGGCACACCGGGAUCAUCGUCCACCGACUCUGAACAGAGAUACGUGAAUACAGGCAGCACCGCCGGCUCGAAUUCCCCCGCUAGCGGUGGUGGCAGCGGUGAGGCCUCGGAGGGCGACCUGGGUGAGACGUACGUCGCCCUGUGCGACUAUAACACCAUGGCGCCGAGUUGUCUGAGCUUCAAGCAGGGCGACAUUGCCAUUCUGCUGCAGGUCAAGGGACAGGGCUGGUGGAAGGUCAAGUGCAACGGACAGGCUGGUUGGGUGCCAGCCAGCUACUGGGAAAAAGAGUUGCUACUGACGUCCAGUGCCACAAGUAGUCGCAGUAUGGGCACGCCUGCCGUCACGUCUGCACCUGCAUCAUCCGCACCAUCACGCUCACCACACCGGCAUGCCACUACGGUGGCCAGCAACAGCAGCAGUAGCGCCGGCGGCGGCAGCAGCAGCAGUUCCACGGGCGCCUCUUCAAGCAGCAGCUCCCGAGGCAGGCGAGCGACGGCCGAGAAGUCCUUUCUGGAUCUUCCCAUGCAGAGCGGCCGCGCCUCGCCGAGCACUGGACGCUCACCAUCGCCGAUACGACGCUCUCCGAGCAGCUCAACCGUCAAUCCACAGGUGCUGCAGCAGAUCCAGAAGAAUAUCGGUGGUCAGGCUUGGUUCCACGGGAAGAUCUCCAGAAAAGAUGCCGAAGAGGUCAUGACCAGGGACGGCAAUAAUGGAGACUACAUUAUCCGGGAGAGCACCAACCGUGUUGGAGACUUUGCUCUUACGGUUGUCUACAACUGCAGGGUACGACAUUUCCCGAUCGAGGUGACGAUGGACGCCAAGGUUCUGAUCGGCAAGCAUCGCUUUGAGUCCAUGAAUAAGAUUAUUCAGCACUACAAGGAAUGCCCGCUGUUCCUACAGGAUGGCGCUCACAUCUCGCUCGGAAUGCCGUUCAAGAAGCGCAAGUAACAACACACGAUUGGCCUGCUGAUGGCCGACGGGUAGGCAAAAUGUGCCGGAGAAAGAGUGCCGUAGAAGUCAUGCCACAAUUUCUGUUUUUGGGGUGGAUGAAUGAGCGAGAUGGCCACCCUGUGUCCGACAUGAUGUGCUGUCCGUCGGUGUUCACAGUGCCUUCCUUUGAGUCUUGAAGAACCCUUGCAAUUGUGCAUUUCCGCAUCCAUGUUAGGCCCGGUUUCUGAAGGCAAGUCGUCUGCUCUGUUUAGAGUCGACUCGCUUGUACAUAUGCAUGCCAUUCAUUGACCUGUGUGCUAUGAGGCUUACGCCUCAAACCGGCCCACAUGGGCUCACUUCCCUUGACUUUAGUUACUGCAUUGCCGCGUGCAUUUGAACGGCAACUGCCAUGCAGUGAUUCCGCAGCAGGCAACGCCGUGUCUCUUGUAUCAUAUGAUGUUAUGGACGCCCACUCACUGCUAUCUGCUGUCCAUGCGCCCAGCCAGAGGUUACUUUGAACCAAAUUAUCCUUUUUUUUCUAUUUCCCUCUGGCUUGUGCCAUUACGAAUGUCACCGACUACUCUCUCGUCUUCAUUUCUAUAGGUCGAUAGCUCGGAACUGCUGUCAACUUGGAUAUUGUUUCAAUUGCAUCACCCAACGGCUUACUUUGGUGGCAUUGGCUGCCGUCAUAUCGACUGAUGCCGCUGUGCAAGCCCAUAGUAAAUUAAAUUAGUCGCUGCAUUUUGCAUAGGAUUUCUCUCUCUCUCUCUCUCUCUCUCUCUCUCUCUCUCUCUCUCUCUCUCUCUCUAUCUAUCUAUCUAUCUCUCUCUCCCUAUCUAUCUACCUCUCUAUCUCUCUCUCUUCCUUUAUUUCUUUCUCUCUCUUUCUCUCUAUCGGCACUGCCAAGCUUGCAUCAUUGGAAUUAGCUCUAAGCCACAUACUGCUUGUAAAUUUGCUCAGUUUUCCGCUGGCCAAACUCAAAGCACAUCUAAUAGACGGAGCUUCAUUUUUUUUGGAAUACUGACCAGCCAUGCACGAUGGCUGAAGAUAUCAGAUUAUUUCUGUCUCUCCUAAUAACCAAUACAAACGUUGAGUGUGGUCCUAGGCUACUCCUAGACUACACGAGGAUUG